AUUGGAAAUCAUUUGUAUCGUAUAACAUAUACAAAUAAGUCUAUCUUUUCGUAACAACAUAAAGAGAGCGUAAUAAGAGAGAAAGAGAGAUCGAUAACAAUCCGCAAAUAAUAACAAACAGGCUAUAAAUCUCUAAGAAUUUCUUUGAAUAAGAACGCGACAAAGCAAUAGAAGGUUGAUUCCUUGAAGGUCAGAAGAAAAUCUCUUCAGUUUUAAAGGGUCUUUCGUCGUGUACACACAUACGUAUCUACGUAUUCAUUAAUUUUCUCCGAGGUGAUCCCGAUAUUAUCCCGAUAAAGAAUCGCUUAAGUAGAGUCAUUGUUUGUUCGGUAACUAAAAUUUGUCGGUGUUGUAUCGCGUAUAUAUUUACUUUUAGAAACACGUGUAAUUUAAAUCGAUUGCGUGCAAAGCAGUCAUAGAGUCAGUGUUUGUUCGUCUGAAGUUUUGUUAUUCUGUAUUUAUAUUAUAUAAACAGUAGAGAUAUUCUCGAAUUAGACUCAGUGUCCGUUCCGUAAUAAUAUAUAUUAUAACUUUUGCGUAUUAGAGUCAGUGCAUCAAGUAAGAUGAUUCACAGAAUAUCUACAUUUCCAUAGGAGAAAUUUGAUAGUUGGAGUUCUCGUCCCUCUACAAUUUGGAUCAUCAAUGAUUUCAACUUAUAACUUAAUAUCUACUUACUUAAUUAUAAGUCUACCACUUAUGUACUACGGAUGAAUCUUCCUUAAUUUCGAUCAACUACAAUGCGAACGAAGAACUUGGUUGAGGUUACUCAUUCGUACAACGACGACGAUUGAGAAUGCUCGUCUAAUGCGCAUGUGUUACGAGAACAGCAGAGGGUAAAUUAAUAGUUGUGACAAUUUUACGAAGUCGCAAGGCAAGACGAAGAUACUCAGGAACAAUAAUUACGAGUAACACCUGCUGGUGUUCCCGAUCGAUAAAAUGUUAUUACACGACGUUGGUGGUGUCGUAUCGAGAACCCUAACUGUUGCAAGUAUAAUAAUUCAAUAAUUACAGUCCAACGUUCUUCGAUAAUACUACUUGUUAUUUCUGAUAUCUCGUGGUUUCUUAAAAUAUAGAAAACAAAAGGCGAAGAAAAAUAAUAAGGGGGAAAAAAAAAAUAAUAAAUCGAUGUAAAACUCGAGGUAAAAAAUUUCUGAGAGACAUCAGAAGUGUUUCGAUCGUUCUACCGAGAUGGACAUCUUCGAGGACAGUUAUUACAAAUUAAAUAGAUUUUUUUUAUCCAUGGUAGGACUAUGGCCGUUUUUGGAUAAAAAGAGAAAGUUUGUUUUAAGGAUAAUAGCGAAAAUGUCCCUUGCCUGUCUUUUGAUUCCUCAAAUAUCUAUGAUUGCAUCGAACGUCACUAUGGAAACCGUCACGAAUGUGUGCAUGUUUUUUUUACCGAGUGUUGCCAUCGCUGAGGGUUAUUAUACUAUGUACGUCAACAAUGAGAAAGUAAAAAUGAUUUUGGAACACAUCAAGUAUGACUGGAGUAUAUUCGCCGUUGGAAGAGAAAGGGGAAUUAUGCAGGAGCACGCAGAGGAAAGCAAAAUGUUCACUGUAAUUUUAGCCGCUAUUCACUAUUUCUCAAUGUAUUUUCUAAUAUUUUUUUCGAUGACUCCUGCAAUUUUGGAUCUCGUUGCACCAUUAAACGAAACCAGACCACGCGAAUUACCCAUUCCUGCUGUAUUCUUUUUCGAUCAUGAAAAAUAUUUCUUUUAUAUGAUCUUGAUAGCCUUCUUUGUGACAACGGUGGUCGGUGCAAUUUCAAUGGCUUUUUAUCCGUUGAUUUUGAUCUGUAUGAAGCACAUCUGUGGAUUAUUUCAAAUCGCAGGAUAUUUAUUCGAGAAUAUCAUAAACGAGGAGAAUGAAGGUCACCUUAACGACGCCGAACAAUUAUAUGCUAGAGUAGUCCACAGCGUGAAAUGUCACAAAAGAGCGAUAAAUUUCGCCAAUCUCGUGAAUUCAUAUUACGAAUGGAAUUUAUUCUUUCAAUUUGUGCUAACAUUCGUUAUGCUUGCCAUCGAAAUUUUCAUUAUUCUAACUUUGGACACGACCGAGCAAAAUUUCGACGAAAUUGUUACCUACGUGUUUUACGUGUUCGCGGUUAUGAUUUUCGUGUUCUUCACCGGUCAUAUCGGUCAAUUGGUGAUCGAUUACAGUGCUGACGUUUUUAACAAAGCAUAUGCAACGCCAUGGUACUUGUUGCCAAUUAAAACACGAAAAUUAUUUUACCUUGUAAUGAUGAGAAGUAUAAAACCGUGUUACAUUUCUGUUGGAUGCAUUCAAUUUCUCUCGUACGAACUUCUCAUGUCGACUUUACAAAAAUCUGUUUCUUACGCCAUGGUGAUCAAAUCCUUUAAAUGAACGACUUGAAAGUUAUCUUAACUAUUAUUUAAAAAAUGAAAUCGUUAUAGAAAAUGUCAAUGAACUGUUGGAAACAUAUUGGAAAGCAAAGAUGAAGUAAAUAUCGUUCAUGCGUACAGUCUCAAGAACAAACUCUACACUUUGAUCUUUUUAGGUAAGAGUUAAAAUGAAAAAGGAAAUAUAAAAACAAAAUAGAUACAAAUUGGAGAGAGAGAGAGAGAGAGAGAGAG